AUGCCUACACAAUUUAAAAUAUCCACCGGUAGAGGUGGUGCCGGUAAUAUACGGUCUUCCAAUUCUAAGAUUUCACCAAAUUAUAUUAAACAAGGAUCUCAAACUCCAAAUAUCUUACAACCAAUAUACAGCACUGGACGUGGCGGUGCUGGAAAUAUGAUGAAGAAUUAUGAUCCAAAAUUGACUAGAAGAGCUCAAGAUGUUGAUGAAAAUACUAUUGCAGAUAUGAAAGAUAUCGAUGAACAAAUUGAAAUUAGAAAUGAAAUUGAGAAUAUCAAUUCUCAUCAUAGUAAUCAUAAUCAUCAUGGUAAUGAUGACGAUUUUAUUAGUCCCAUAAUUUCAUCAACAGAAAAUUAUGUAACUAAUACCAUAUCAAACGUUUUAUCGCAUAUCUCAUCAGGUGGAGAUAAAUCUCAAAAGAGCAACGAUUCUGAUACAAUUAUUCCAACAAAGAGUAAAAUACGAGUACAACAUAAAAAAAUUAAAAAACAAAAUCCAAUCAUUAUUGGUAGAGGGGGUGCAGGUAACAUCGUAUCUCCUUCAUCAUCAUCAAAAUCUGGUUCAUCUCAUUCAAAAUUAAAUAUUACUGGUUCAAAACAACAUAGUAAUAAAUCUAAUCAUGCUAUUGAUAAUAACAAUACAUCUAAUAAUAAUAUUCAAAAUCAAAAGAAGAAGAAAAAAUCAUUCAUGUCUUCAAUUUUUGGUAUAUUUGCAUAA